UAUAGGGAGACACUCUGAGAAAGAGCACAUUGUGGAGGCCCACUCCAUGUGAUGUUUUCUUGAUUGCCUGUUCUCUUUUCUACCUGCGGAGCACGGUUCCCAUAAGGGCAGCGGGAUCAGCCUCCUGUCUCAUCUGGAAGACCACCACUCUGGGGUCUCAGAGGAAUGAUGGAAGCCUUGGGGUUUCUAAAACUGGAAGUGAAUGGCCCCAUGGUGACGGUGGCCCUGUCAGUGGCUCUCCUGGCCCUUCUGAAGUGGUACUCCACGUCAGCAUUCUCAAGACUGGAGAAGUUAGGCCUCAGACAUCCCAAGCCUUCUCCUUUUAUUGGAAAUUUGAUGUUUUUCCGCCAGGGUUUCUGGGAAAGCCAAAUGGAGCUCAGAAAGCUGUAUGGACCUCUGUGUGGGUACUAUCUUGGUCGUCGGAUGUUUAUUGUUAUUUCUGAGCCAGACAUGAUCAAGCAGGUGUUGGUUGAGAACUUCAGUAACUUUACCAACAGAAUGGCGUCGGGUUUGGAGUUCAAGUCGGUAGCCGACAGCGUUCUGUUUUUACGUGACAAAAGAUGGGAAGAGGUCAGAGGUGCCCUGAUGUCUGCUUUCAGUCCUGAAAAGCUGAACGAGAUGACUCCCCUCAUCAGCCAAGCCUGCGACCUUCUCCUGGCUCAUUUAAAACGCUAUGCAGAAUCUGGGGACGCAUUUGACAUCCAGAGGUGCUACUGCAAUUACACCACAGAUGUGGUUGCCAGCGUCGCCUUCGGCACCCCGGUGGACUCCCAGCAGGCCCCUGAGGAUCCCUUUGUGAAACACUGCAAGCGUUUCUUCGAAUUCUGCAUCCCCAGACCCAUCCUGGUUUUACUCUUAUCAUUUCCAUCCAUAAUGGUCCCACUGGCCCGGAUUUUGCCCAAUAAGAACCGAGAUGAACUGAACGGCUUUUUUAACAAACUCAUUAGGAAUGUGAUUGCCUUGCGGGACCAGCAAGCUGCCGAAGAGAGGCGCAGGGACUUCCUCCAAAUGGUCCUGGAUGCCCGACAUUCUGCAAGUCCCGUGGGCGUGCAAGACUUUGACAUGGUCGGAGAUGUCUUCUCCUCUACCCGAUGCAAGCCGAACCCUUCCCGGCAACACCAGGCCGGGCCCAUGGCCAGGCCUUUGACUGUGGACGAGAUUGUGGGCCAGGCCUUCAUCUUCCUCAUCGCUGGCUAUGAAAUCGUCACCAACACACUUUCUUUUGCCACCUACCUACUGGCCACCAACCCUGACUGCCAAGAAAAGCUUCUGAGAGAGGUGGACCUUUUUAAGGAGAAACACAUGGUCCCUGAGUUCUGCAGCCUCGAGGAAGGCCUGCCCUAUCUGGACAUGGUGAUUGCAGAGACGCUGAGGAUGUACCCACCGGCUUUCAGGUUCACACGCGAGGCGGCUCAGGACUGCGAGGUGCUGGGGCAGCGCAUCCCCGCAGGUGCUGUGCUAGAGAUGGCCGUGGGUGCCCUGCACCAUGACCCUGAGCACUGGCCAAGCCCAGAGACCUUCGACCCUGAAAGGUUCACCGCUGAGGCUCAGCAGCAGCACCGGCCCUUCACGUACCUGCCCUUCGGGGCCGGCCCACGAAGCUGCCUUGGGGUGCGGCUAGGGCUGCUGGAGGUCAAGUUGACACUGCUCCAUGUGCUGCACAAGUUCCAGUUCCAAGCCUGCCCUGAGACCCAGGUUUCAGAUCACUCCAAAGAUGGAAAAAUGGUUCAUACUCACCUUGGACCUGAGAAAUACAGACAAGCCAACUGAAGCCCAAGCAGCAAGCUGCCAGCAGACACAUGUCCUCGGGAAGGUGGAGGCUGGGCAAAAAGCAGGUAGUGAGGACCGAGCAGGGAGGGCUGCCAGCCCCUCUGCCAACAGGACCAGAACCAGCCAAUGCCCAGAAGGGAGGCUCCUGUAAACUGCCACAUGUCGGGGACACACACAACACACUCUCCACAUGCACAGCACAUUGCUCAAUGGUGAACCUGGGUCUUAUGGGGCCUGAAACUUACCUACGAAUUGGAGGAAAGAAAAAAAAUACGUAAUGUUUGCAAAUUUUACCAAAACCUAUGACCACGUGAGCACAUUGCUAGGGCCCCUCCUAGGGCCUGGGGAGGGGCUCCAGCAAGUGAGGGGCCCUGAACCUUCAGCUUCAUUGUCUUCAUAAUAAACCCACACAUAGCUCACCAAGCCGUGACAUCAGCUCUGUCACAGCCCCGAUACGGUCUGAAUGUUAUGACCCCCAAAAUUCCAAUGUUGAAAUCCUCACCCCUGACGUGAUGGUAUUUAAAGUAGAGGUGAUGAGACCACCAGGGCGGAGCCCUCAUGAAUGAGAUUCAGUGCCUUAUAAAAGAGGCCCUUACACCGUGUGGGGUUACAGUGAGAAGACUGAAUCUAUGAGGAAACAGGAGGUUGGACUUCCCAGACUCCAAACCUGGGAAAUAAACGUCUGCUGUUUAUGA